AUGCUGAGACUGACUUCUGUUCUGUGGGAUUUGGGGUAUCCCUUAUAUACCUAUGGCUCCAUCUUCAUUAUUAUCCUAAUUAUCUGGCAAGUGAAAAAGAGUUACCAUGGAUUAACACUGGAACCUAAAAGGAGCUGCUGCCGGCGUCACCGAAAAGUCAGACAAAGGGCUAGAGAUGUAGCAUCAAGAGCUAGGAGACUUUCCCGGCAAGAAGCUGAGAAGCCGUGGCAACUGCUCUCUCUCAUGAGAAGCCAGGGCUGGCUUCCUCAGGAGGGGGGGAGCGUGCGGCAGCUCCCGUAUGCAGAUUCCUGCUGCCAAACCUGCGAUGCCAUGGCUCUGGAGAUUCAGCAGGUGGUGGUGGGUGAGAACACCCUGAUCUCCCCCACUUCAAGGAGGCCAUCGCAGGGCUGCUCUUACCUAGAGAUUUUGUCCACAUCUAAAGUGUCUUCUGAGCAGAGUCUGGAGCAUCGUUCCCCACACUCCAAAGACCCUUCACUUCCAUCUGCAACCCUCACAGUGUCAGAGAAAUCCUUAACCCAGUCAGCUGCCCAGUCAGCUGGUGCAGCCAGCACCCGUGAUUACUGGGCUGAACACCUCAAGCUAAGGCAGGGAUUUCAAGUACCAGAGGUGCCCAGGGGCCCAGAGACUACAUUUUCUUCAAGGUUUGAGGAACCUAAGGUUUCAGUGAACCUGCAGGAGAUGAUGCAGAGCAACCCCAACCUUGUCUAUGGGAACCAAGGCCAGCAGCCCUUGAAUUCUCAGGUCUCUCUGCUGACCCUGAACCGAGAAAUCACAACCCUGACACAUGCUAUGGCCUUACAUAUGGUCACUGUCCUCCCUGCCCACCUGUUAUUCCUCAGUACUGAAGUCCGGAGGCUUCUUGAGGUACAUGUAAAAGGACUGAUGCACUUCCAGAGGUGGGGGCUCCCCAGAUGUGUGGAAGAGUCCCUGAGGCAGCUUAUACCAGAUCUGCCAUUAUUUUACCACCCUGUUUGUAACCAACCAGUUUCUUUCAUCCAGAAUGAUACUUCUCAGUUCUCUAUUGAGAAAUUUGGGACCGUUUCAUACCAGAACUGGGGUUCAUGUAUCGCCGGCCAGCCCAGCCAGGACUUCUGGGUUUCUAAAUGGUCCAUUAUGGAGCCAGAACAAAGACACUACUACCAGCAAGUCCCAGACAAUAUGGCUCUAGCCUUGCCCUCUCCAGCCCUUAAAGAAUUAAGGGGCCUUUAUCUAAUGCCUGGGCAGCAGGCUAACGACUCAGUGGGCCAUGUGCAGCCGAAAUAUAGCCAGCUAUUCUGUGGCCUUCCUUCUCUGCACAGUGAGUCCCAGGUUGACACUUUCUUGGGUUCUCAAGGCCUCUCCAUGAACGGGAGCAUGUCCAAGCCCCCCUUGAAGGCUCCUUUUCUCUUCAAGCUCUCCUUCCUCCCUCUGAUGCCUAAAACUCCACCCCAGUCAGCUCCACCCUCUUCUCCAUCUUCCCCAAAUCAGAUUGCUCCACCUGAGCACCGACAAGCUCAGAUCAAUAUCCCGUUUCUGACCCUGGAUGAGUGUGAAGCCUUGGAGUGGCACCUGCUGCAGCGGCAGCUCCAGCUUCAGUGGGGCUUGCCAGAUGUUUUCCAGAGAAAUCAGCACACCCAGAGCCCCGUGAAGUAUAAACCCUGUGACAAAGCCCAGUCUUCUGAGACUGUGAAAACUUCCUGGCCAGGGCAGCCCAUCUCAGUCCUCACAAGGGAACUACUCUUCUUCCCAGAGCAUGCCAGGAGGCAGCUGGAAUUCCACUUCCAGAGACAGUUGAUUCACCAUCCCUGGGGCCUGCCCCAGAAGAUCCAGCAGUCCAUCCAUUUGCUCCUGUCCCCUGCUGACGAGCAGACUCUCUCCUGGAGCAGCACAGCCCUAGGCAAUGUGAACAUCCCCCAACCUACAGCUCUAGAGGGCAUUGGCGUUGGCAACCCAUUCCCAGCCGUCAAGGACCCAGUGUCAGUCCCUAUGCCGCACUUGUUUGACCAGGCCAAGGCAAUAUUGCAGAGCCACAUCGACUCCAAAUGUGGGCAGAUUCACCAGGGCAACGUUCCUGUCUGCGUAUGUGGCUCCUGGGAGUGCAGAAUUCCUGGGGGCCUGGAAAUGGCUCCCUUUACCUGAACCCCAGAAACCCUAGAACUACAGGCAGCAAAUGAUCCAGACAAACAACAGAAAAUUACAUCCUGGAUGCCAACGGCCCUUGACCAGCAGCAGCAAGCCUCACCAGAUGCUAUCACUGAACAUCCUAAGCUGCCCCAAGCCCUGUCCGAGGGAGCCAAUGAAAAACUGGAGACAACUUUAUGGCACAAGUAUCUGGCCUUCUUGUCAGGGAUGCCUGCUCCUUAUUAUGUGGCUCUCUCCAGGGCCAUGGCCCCAGCAAUAACUUCCCAAGCUAUGAAAACAGAGAUGGUGCGGCCUGUCGAAUUUCCAGUAGAACCUCUGACUCAGAUGACCUUACCUGAAGAGCAGAGUCUAAGUCCUGGGCCAGGCUUUCAAGAUGCCAACGAGACUUGUGCAGACAUUGCAGGUGAAUUCCAGGCUGAAGUGCAGAUGGAAGGAAUAAUCAAGAUGGUGCCUCUAGAAAGCCAGACAGAGCCUGCGAAGCCCUACUCACUCGGGGAACCCAUCUUGGCCAAACUAAAUUUCCAUCUGAGAAAGAAGAGCCUAGAGAUACAAUUGGGAAUUCCCCUAAAGGCAAGGGAGUCCAGGGAACAAACUGUAGCAAUGCCAGAGAACAUAUGGACACAGGAGUCUCUUGGGAGUCUAAACAACCACGGAAAAACACUACUCCAGGAACUCCCCAUCCCACCAGAUAUGCCACGUGCCCUGGAUCCAGAAUGGCUCCACCUCAAACAACAACUGGCCACUGAGUUAAAGGCAGUGCAUCAGAAACAGAAGUAACCCAGUUCCAGGGCAGUACCCCAUGAUUCUGUCCACUGGGCCUCCAAGAUCUCACAACCCAGUGGGGACAUGACAGAGACCCAGGUGCUUUGUGUUCAGCUGGAGGCCGGUGUGAACAACCCCAGCCUAGAGGAGCCCCAAAGCCUUGACAAGAGCAAGGACUCAGCCCAAGACCCCACACUGGCAGAAAAGAGAGAGGAGCCAGGCAAACCCAAAGUGGCAGGGGACCACGGAGAAGGGGAUGCCAGGUUUGCAGUCUCCUCCACAAGAGAAAAAAGCCACUCCGCUGAAGCCCAGAGGCCAGAAGGGAUGCUUCUGAACAGGACACCCUGCAGCCCCUGGCGACGGAGACAUCGCUUUCACCCUGAUGCUCCCUGUCAGCACAGUCCCCAGCAUCACCCUCAGCUUAAAUUCCCAGAGCUACCUCCUGGAGUCCCUCGGGGGAAAGACUCAGAGAAGAAUGACCUGCAAGACAGUCAGGCCAAGCUCAAUGUCAUCCUCAAACCAGCAAGGGUUCCUGAGAAUGCCCAGCCUCUGGUGCCCCAGGCGUCACAGGGCCAGCCUUUCCUGGGCCAACUCAUUCCAGGUAAGCCAUUGCAGGGCCAAACUUUACAAGGUCAGGUUUUGCAGGGGCAGAUGAUGGCAGGCUAUACUCACAAGAGGCCCAAGCUUCCAGAAUCUGGCUUGAGAAAUAAGAUGAAAUCUUUUCUACACUGUAUUAACCCCAAAACAAAAGGCAAAGGGCGUGAGGAAUCCAUGUCCUCCACAUGUGAGAAAGUGGCUAACACAAGAAAAGAAAAUGGAGCAAAGAGCCUGGCUCCAGCCAAAAGUCCCAAGGGGCAAACUAAGACAGAGAAGACAAGAGGGGACCCAAAGGCCCAGUUUCCGCCUACUGAGAAGCAGGUGGGCCUGGCCUUCUUGGAUGGUCCCCACUCCCCAGACAGUAAGCUCCAGCACCGCUCGCGCUCCCAUCAACUCCACUCUGCCUCAGUCCUGGGCAUCCCCCGCCGCUGCCCUCAGCACUGUCCUCGAGUGGCUUAUGCCAUCCAACCAGGGGACCCACCCUCACUCUCGCCUCUCACCUCGGAUGGAAAUAUUGGUCUGCUCAAGAAGACCCAGCGCAUUCGAAAGACUCUGUGGUCUCCUCAACGUCUGCAUCCCUAG